AUGAGACACGGCGCCGGAGCGGUGCCACUGCUGCUCAACAUGUACCUGCCAGAUCCAGUGGGGGAAACUUUAUUCAAAGACGGCAAGAGCCAGGCGUGGGGAUCCCUCAACCCGGGCGUGCAGAAAGGCAGUGGGCAGAUCCAGCUGUGGCAAUUCCUGCUGGAGCUGCUCUCGGACCGGGCCAACCUCAACUGCAUUGCCUGGGAGGGCACCAACGGAGAGUUCAAGCUGAUCGACCCUGAUGAGGUGGCGCGGCGCUGGGGCGAGCGGAAGAGCAAGCCCAACAUGAAUUAUGACAAGCUGAGCCGGGCGCUGCGCUACUACUACGACAAGAACAUCAUGACCAAGGUGCACGGCAAGCGCUACGCCUACAAGUUCGACUUCCAUGGGCUGGCGCAGGUCUGUCAACCGACUGCCCCUGAUCACACCCUCUACAAAUUCCAGGGCAAUCUGGCCCCACUGCCCUUCUCAGGCAUCUCCAAACUCAACCUCAUGACCUCCGGGGUGACGCCGGCUGGUUUCUCCUACUGGCCUGGCUCCAGUCCAUCUCUCUAUCCCGGGCACAGCCUCCAGCCCUCGGCCCCGUUUAGCGCCAUGGCAGCCUCCCACCUCAACAACAUGAACAACCACUACCAUUAAGGCUUGGCAGAUCCAUCCCGUUGGUGUGGGGCUGGGGAGUUUGGUGGGAAAGGGUGGGGGGUGGGAUGCUGCCCUGCUCCAGCUGCCCCUGGUGAGGUUUGGAGAUCAGUGAUUCCCUGGCAUGGGUGGUUGGAGGGCAGAAGGUGUCUACCUACAUUUAGAUUGAGGAGGGAUCCUCCAUGAGGGAAUGCGCAGGGAUGCUUAAAGCGGAGAUAAAUGGGAGGAGAAAUCAUUCCCCAUCCCACAAACUCCCCUCGUGCUCAGCUCAGCCUCUAGCCCACCCAUCUCCCAGAACAGAAGGGUCAGGAGCUGGAGACCCCAGACAGCCUUGCCCAAGGGUGAGGGAUCCUCCUUGCAGCUCCUUGCUCCCUGCCUUCAUCCUUACCUCCAGGGAGCAAGGCUAGGUAAAGUAGGAGUGACAGCAAUGCUGGGAGCCCAGGGCACCAAGGGGCAGGCCUGGUGUCCAAGGAAGUAUCCCCACCCUCCAGAGCAGGACUUUGGCCUAGUGGAUGGAAAAGUGCUGGGCUCUGCCAGCUCAGAGGGAUUUGUCUUCAAUAAAAUGGAGAGGUGCUGUGAGCUGUGUCUGCUUCUGUGUGCAGGGGGCUGC